CGCAUAAUAAACUAAGAGGAAAAAAAAAAAAGAAUGGUGUUGGAAUUGUCGUAUCGGAUCGGAACUCCGCCAACGACGACGAGACGACGGGUCUCCAUUUUUAUGCAAUCGACCCGGUUUUUAAUUUGGCGGGAAAACCUUGAGACUUCGAAUCUGGCAGUAAUUUUCCUGAUUAACAGGAAAGCUUGUAAAUUAAUCGAAGUUUUUAAUUUUUCUUUUUUUUUUAGCUUCGGAGAUUCAGGUAAGUCAUACACAUGAAUAGAACGGCAAGAUUCAUCACCUUUGGCACGUGUUUCGAUUUGUCUGUUUGUUUCUCGUCAUUUCUUUAAUCCUUCAUUUUCUUUUGGAAGAGAAAAAUUAGAUUCUAAGCCCUCUUUUUCUUUUUAUAUAUAUAUAUAUAUAUAUAUAUUCUUUUUUUAUUAUUAUUUUAUUUGUAUUUAUUUUUGUAGGUUCCCUAACCCUCAAGUAAAGCAUUUAUGAUAUCCCUAGGGAAACUGCAAAUAAAUUAUUAAAAUUAUAAAUUAGAUUAACGUGCUUCGCACCCUAUGUUACCAUAUCAUGCUCCAUAGAAAUCCUACGGCUAAGGUUAAAAAUUCAAACCCGGUGUGGUUUGGUUCUUGGUUGGAUUUCUUCUUCGUUAUUCAAUUGAUUUACGCGAUCGGAUUGACUUCGUUGAGCAGUAGCUGUUGGUUCAAAGAGUCUUUCAGACCAUUAAAAGAUUUCGAACGACUGGUCCAUGAUCGCAACUGGGUCAUAAAUUUUUGCUCCAAAACCAUUAGAUUUUGCACCAAAAAAAUUGGAGCUUUUUCGAUUAUGCUUUGAUUAAGCUAUGGCUGAUCCUCAUGGGAAAACAGAGAAACCGCCUGUCCAAACCCCUCUUCUCGUUUCAAACGAAAACCAGAACAACACCAACAUCAGCCACCAACAUCAACAGCAACGAGGUGAAGAAGAAAAUGACGGAACCCCUUUGGAUCAAAUCCUCCAGAGGCUGGAAAAUUUCCUCACUUUCUUGGGUUUUAACCAGACUUCUUGGUUAAGAUUUUCCCUUUCUUGGAUUGCUUUUCUACUAAUUGGUGUGUUGCUUCCAGUCCUUGUUCUUGAACUCACAAACUGUUCAGGUUGCGAGGCUUACCAGAUUAAGGAUUUUGAGCUAGAUAUCGUGGCCUCGCAGGCAUGUCUCGCCGCCGUCUCUUUGCUUUGCCUCUCACACAACCUUCGAAAGUAUGGCAUAAGGAGGUUCCUAUUUGUCGACCGCCAUAGCGGUUAUAUGCUGCGGUUUCGGGACGAUUACAUCAAGGAGAUAUCGGGUUCUUUACGCUUGCUUGUUUUGUGGGCACUUCCAUGUUUUCUUCUGAAGCUUGUACGGGAGAUCAUGCGCAUGGUAUUUGUAGAUCAUGAUUCUUGGUGGCUGUCAAUUGCAAUUUUAUUGGCAUUGGUUAUAUCAUGGACUUAUGUUAGUACAAUCUCUCUAUCAGCCAGCAUUUUAUUUCAUUUGGUAUGCCAUUUGCAAGUUAUCCACUUUGAAGACUAUGGGAAGCUUUUGGAGAGAGAAUCUGAUGUUUUGGUAUUUAUUGAGGAGCAUAUUCGUCUACGGUAUCAUCUGUCUAAGAUAAGCCAUAGGUUUCGCAUCUUUCUAGUUCUACAGUUCUUGGUUGUCACUGCAAGCCAAUUUGUGACUCUAUUCCAGGUUACAGGAUAUGGGGGAAUUAUUACUUUAGUAAAUGGCGGUGAUUUUGCGGUCUCCUCAAUUGUUCAGGUUGUUGGAAUUAUACUUUGUCUGCAUGCAGCGACCAGAAUUUCCCAUAGAGCACAAGCCAUAGCUUCAAUUGCAAGUAGGUGGCAUGCAAUGUUGACAUGUAGUUCUGAUACAUCUCAGCAUAGAAGUUCAAAUGGUGUGGGGAGUUUGGAGGCUGUCCAUGCAUUGAACUCACUGGCUGUAAAUUACUCCGAGAGUGAUUUGGAAUCACUGGAUUACAUUGCAAUGCCUACAAACACACAAUUGGCUUCCUAUCUGUCCUCGUACCACAGAAGACAAGCCUUUGUGAUGUAUUUGCAAGCAAAUCCAGGUGGGAUCACAAUAUUUGGGUGGACAGUUGAUAGAGGUCUAAUCAACACAAUCUUCUUCAUUGAACUCACUCUGAUUACUUUUUUGCUCGGAAAGACCAUAAUUUUCACAUCAGAAUGAAUACUUCCAGAGUGGCAAUAGGUCUUCUCUUCACCCAAUUCUAGUUGAGAAAUGGAUAUCAAUUCAAGAAUCUUAGAUUUAUGAUCUUCCCAAUUCGUUACUUGUUAUACCAUUUUUGAAGCGGUAGACCCUGCAGCUCGCUCGACAUGGCUGCUGAGGCGAACCAGUAAGCAGAGUCUACGUUUGUAUAUUAUGAGCCGGAACAUAUGUAAAUCAUUGUUUUGUUUUUUCGUUUAAUUAUUUAUUUAAGUGCCUGUAAUUUUCAAAGAGCGGUCCAACGAAAUGAAGCAUUGAACCAAAUCCUAGGGAAUGUGACUCUUGCACAUGA